CUGGCCCUCUGCUGGCAUGAUUUACCCAUCUACAGGGUGCGCUUUCGCCCUUGCACCAUGCAUUGGCGUAGGUCGAGGUCAUGGUGAACCGAUUGUGAGACCGCAUGCGUCGGGUUGGUGGCACUCUACCGAGUACGCUGGCAAGCGAAAUCGUCAGCGUCAACACCCCGCCGCUCAAGUGCAGGCUUUCCACGACGACAACAGCGACAAUGGCAGGAGGGCUAGCGAGACAUGGCGAGCCUUGUCCUAUCGCUGCAGGAUGACACUGUUAGAAAGAAGAUGGCGGCGGCGACGAUUGACACAGUCCGUGAAGGCCAACGGUCCAACGGAGGACGGGGGGCAAGCGGCUUUGGAACCAAGGUGCAGCAUCGCCGGUGUGCAACAAGGGCAACGACGGUGGUGGCAGGCCAAAGACGUUAUUAUCCCGCCAUUGACGACAGCAGUCCACUCUUCGUUCGCCAGCGGUGAAGAUGUAGUAGUACUCGACGACCCCUUCGAAGAACUGGAAGGAGAUCGGGCGAGACACACGUGUGUAGUCCACAAUACGCUUGCAGCAGGCCCAACGCCUUACAACGACGGCUGGGAGUGGCAGAAGCAGAACUUGGCGCGGCUAGCGGAGCGGCCGGACGAUCUUUCCUCCGCCGAUGCGGAGCUCGACCGCGUGCUUCUAACGCAGCACGACGCCGUGUUCACGCUCGGUACCGGCAGCACCUUGGACAACCUGAGGUUCGAGCCUGACGAAGCUCCAUUCGGCGAGGUGGUGCGCACCGAGCGGGGCGGGGAGGUGACCUACCACGGCCCGGGCCAGAUCGUGAUGUACCCCAUCGUGAACCUGAGGAGGUACCGAAAGGACAUCCACUGGUACCUCCGUGCCCUCGAGGAGACGGUCAUACGGACCCUCGCCAAGCUGGGUCUGAAAGGGGAGAGGAUCGAGGGCUUGACCGGGGUUUGGGUGGCGGGGCGUAAGGUUGCGGCAGUCGGGGUCCGGGUGAAGCGCUGGAUCACGAUGCAUGGCCUCUCGCUAAACGUACGCCCGAACCUUGAGCACUUCCGGCACAUCGUCCCCUGUGGCAUCGAUGACAGACCCGUUGGCUCACUCGAGUUUCUGUGUGCGGAGGGCGAGGACUUGAGUAUGGACCGUGUGGGCCAUCUGCUUCUGGAGUCGUUCGAGGAAGUCUUCGGGGUGUCCGCGUUACCCGCGCCACAGCCGCCACCACCGCCGCCACGACCAACAACACCAAUGAGUCCGGUUGAGGGGAAAUAACUGCUUCUUACAUUCGAACGUGAAAAACAUGCAGGAUGUGAUGAAGGCGAAUCUGUUCCCUCUUUCGCUGUGCGGACCCACCUACCCAUGGAGUUCGCUCUCUGAGUUUCUUGGAGAGGAGAGAAGAUGGUAGAGAGGAGAAAUUUUGGAGAAGAGGGCGACCGGGGUCGGUAGAUGGUAGUACAAGGUAGGCAAGAGCGCUACCGCGCGGAUCUCGGCAUCUGUUCAUUACGAGGGCACGACGACGGUCAACCGUGGUCUUUCGUUACACCCCAGUUUUCGGGAGUCGCUGGCAACACAUGUUGCCUUCAUCAGCCUGAUGCUUGUCGCGAACGAGCUUCAAACGUUGUCGUCAAGGUUAUGAGAAUCUCCCACAAUCCCACAACGAGGAGAGGAGACAUCCAGGACACACAAAAACCAGAAAAUGAUGAAGAGGGGGGCUCAGCGCUGGGUAUUUUGUUGGUGCAGCAACUAACCGUCCGCGUAUUGUAAGUAGAUACCGACUUGCGUUUCGCUUUUCCUUGCCCAGUUCAUACUUGAACAAACUUUUUUUCGAGAGGCCCGAG